AUGGCCGCAAACAACAUGGUCAACCCGGCCGUCAACCCAGACACCGAAGACGACCUCUUCGCCAAGGAGGUCGCCCAGGUGAAGAGCUGGUGGUCCGAUUCGCGCUGGAGAUACACCAAGCGUCCGUUUACUGCCGAGCAAAUCGUCUCCAAGAGGGGCCAUUUGAAGAUUGAGUAUCCGAGCAGCGUGCAGGCCAAGAAGCUGUGGAACAUUCUCGAGGGGCGAUUCCAGAACAAGGAUGCGUCCUACACGUACGGAUGCCUGGAACCUACCAUGGUCACCCAGAUGGCCAAGUAUCUCGACACCGUCUACGUCUCUGGCUGGCAGUCCUCGUCGACGGCCUCUGCGUCGGAUGAGCCUGGUCCCGAUCUGGCAGACUACCCAUACACCACCGUCCCCAACAAAGUGGGACACUUGUUCAUGGCACAGCUGUUCCAUGACCGCAAACAGCGCCAGGAACGGCUCAGCACGCCCAAGGCCCAGCGCGCACAGGUCGCCAACAUUGACUACCUGCGCCCGAUUAUCGCGGAUGCUGAUACCGGUCAUGGCGGGCUGACUGCCGUCAUGAAGCUCACGAAGCUGUUUGUCGAGAAGGGCGCUGCGGGCAUUCACAUCGAGGACCAGGCGCCGGGGACGAAGAAGUGCGGCCAUAUGGCGGGCAAGGUGUUGGUGCCGAUUAGUGAGCACAUUAGCAGGUUGGUUGCUAUUCGUGCGCAGGCCGACAUUAUGGGCACCGACCUCAUCGCCGUCGCCCGCACCGACGCCGAAGCCGCCACCCUCAUCACCACGACCAUUGACCCCCGCGACCACGCCUUCAUCCUCGGGUCCACGAACCCAACCCUCCAACCGCUCAACGACCUCAUGACGGCCGCCGAAAAGGCCGGCAAGACGGGCGACGCCCUCCAGCGCAUCGAGGACGAGUGGCUCUCCUCCGCACACCUCAUGCGCUUCGACGAGGCCGUCCUCGCCGCCAUCUCCUCCUCCGCCAACCCCAACAAGGACGCCCUCGCGCAGCAGUACACCGCCCAAGCAAAGGGCAAGUCCAACAACGAAGCCCGCGCCAUCGCCCGCGGCCUCUUAGGGACCGACAUCUUCUUCGACUGGGACGCGCCCCGCACGCGCGAGGGCUACUACCGCCUCAAGGGCGGGUGCGACUGCGCCAUCAACCGCGCCGUCGCCUACGGCCCCUACUGCGACGCCGUCUGGAUGGAGAGCAAGCUCCCCGACUUUGCGCAGGCCAAGGAGUUUGCGGACGGCGUGCACGCCGUCUGGCCGGAGCAGAAGCUCGCGUAUAACUUGUCCCCGUCGUUUAACUGGAAGACGGCGAUGCCGCGCGACGAGCAGGAGACGUAUAUUAAGCGUCUGGCCACGCUGGGGUACUGCUGGCAGUUUAUUACGCUGGCGGGCUUGCAUACCACGGCGCUUAUUAGCGAUAAGUUUGCCAAGGCGUAUUCCAAGCAGGGCAUGCGUGCGUAUGGCGAGCUCGUUCAGGAGCCGGAGAUGGAGGGGGGCGUUGACGUCGUGAAGCAUCAGAAGUGGAGUGGUGCUACCUACGUGGAUGAGCUGCAGAAGAUGGUCACUGGUGGUGUGAGCUCUACGGCUGCUAUGGGUAAGGGUGUCACCGAGGACCAGUUCCAUUGA